CAAAUAUUGAGGUUAUAGUUUUUUUUUUUGUAUAGUCACUCAGUCAGUCGAUUAUUUUGGAACGUGAAGACUAAUCAUAGUCAAUUAUAGUUAGGCGGUUAACUAAAUUUAUUCAACCGUACAAUUUUAAAAUGUAUUUAUUCUAAUUGAAAUCCAAAGAGAUUCAUCAUCAUCCAGCCAGAAAAAUGAACAUGGACAUACCACCAAGACAGGAUUCACCAAAUCAUAUCCUCAACGCCCUGAACAAUGAUUGUAUUCGAGAAAUUUUAAUUCGACUGUAUGACUUAGAAGACUUUCUAAGUGCAUCUAAGGUGUGCGUCCAAUUCGAAGAAUGUUCAUUGCAAUGUCCGUCUUCAAAGUUACGUAUGGUCAAAAUAAACUCUUAUUUAUCAUUCGAUAAUGCCAAAACUCUGUUUAAAACAUUUGGACAUUUAAUCCGAGAAAUUGAAUUGGAACGGAGAGAUGAGAAACCAAGUCGCCUUAUCGAACUAUUUAAAAUGAUCGAAACAUUUUGUCGUAAGAACUUAACAUCUUUGCGGAUUACGAUAGGCAGUGCAGAUGUGUUUUCAAAAGUAUUAGAUAUGUGUUCAUUUCCCAAAUUGGAAUGUCUUGGCUUUGACUCAGUUUCAGAUAUAACAACACAUUUAUUAAGAACACUUUUAUCGCUCAAUCCGCAAUUGAAACGAUUAGAAUUACUUUUUUGCAUCGUAUUGCCAUUUGAAACACUCCAAAUCAUUAGUCGUUAUGCUCCAAAUAUCGAGAGUUUGGAUUUCGUCAACUCUUGUUUUUAUUCACACGACGAAAUAACAAUAUUAACGGAUGACGAGACCAUCGUACCAUUGGCCAGUCUACAACAUUUGAAGGAAUUAGAUUUGGGUGACGUUUUUUAUGAGACAUAUGAAAUCAAAAUUGACAAAUUAAUUAACAAGUUUGCCGCAAAAAAUACACCUAUUGAGAAAUUAUUCAUGUCAAACUACGAGAAGGAAGAUUUUCAAAGCAGCCUGCCCACAUUGAAGACACUCGAACAUAUGGGACUCGAUGGUGACACCCCGUUGGAUAGCCUCAAAAUAAUACUGCAAUAUCAGACAUCUUUGAAAAGUUUAUGUUUCAAUGUGCGUUUUAUGCGAUCAUUUACAAUGGAGAGUCUUCUGGAGCACGUAUCAUUUAUAUUGAAAUUUUCAAGCAAAAAUUUAUCUGAGAUAUCAUAUUUGGCGCAGGAAUUUGAUAUUGCUAUAAAAGACUACGAAAAUGUUGUAAAUUUGGUGAAAAAUCGAAUACUGAUCAAAAUUGAAAACUUUGAUUCCAUCGAUACCACCAAGGAUAUUCCCAAACAUACAUUGAAGAUAAAUGAAAAAUGGUUAUGCAUAAAUUCAGUUUUUAAUCAUUUAUCGUAGUAGCCAGUCUUUUAAUUUUGUUUUGAACACUUCUUUUUCGAAAUGUACACGCAAGGGAACAAAAAAAAAUGAAUAUAAUAAAACUAAAUCAUUUUCAUCAAGCA